UGAACAUCACAAACUCUUCAAACUCAUAACAAUAUUGUUUGUCCUCUAUUUCGUUUUAUACAUGCUUGUUAAUUCCUUUGUAUAAGGAAUUUGAAUUGCAUUUGUUUCCUCAAUUUGGUAAGAAGUUCCUAAGGCAGGAAAGAAAUUAAAUAAUGACGAUGACAGACAAAGGACACCAAGUAUUUGAUGUUUCCCUCAAUGUCUAUGGUGAAUCAAAAUGUUUUGAUGAUGAUGGUCGUCUCAAAAGAACUGGGUCUGUUUGGACAGCAAGUGCCCACAUAAUUACAGCUGUGAUUGGUUCUGGAGUUUUAUCAUUGGCUUGGGCAACUGCUCAGCUAGGAUGGGUUGCUGGUCCAACUGUGUUGCUUUUAUUUUCAUUUGUUACAUACUAUACUUCAGCUUUGCUUGCCGAUUGUUACCGUACUGGCGACCAAGUUUCUGGCAAGAGAAACUAUACUUAUAUGGAUGCUGUUCGAGCCAACCUUGGUGGAUUUCAGGUUAAGAUUUGUGGGGCUAUUCAGUAUGUAAAUCUUUUUGGAGUAGCAAUUGGAUACACCAUUGCAGCUUCUAUUAGCAUGAUGGCUGUGAAAAGGUCUGAUUGCUUCCAUAAGCAUGGUCACCAUGCUGCUUGCAAUGUUUCAAGCACUCCAUACAUGAUCAUGUUUGGUGUGAUGGAAAUCAUAUUCUCACAAAUCCCAGAUUUUGAUCAGAUUUCGUGGCUUUCUAUUGUGGCUGCUGUUAUGUCCUUCACUUACUCUACCAUUGGUCUUGGUCUAGGAGUUGCCCAAGUUGCAGAAGCAGGAAAAAUAGAAGGAAGUCUUACAGGGAUUAGCGUUGGAACUGAAGUAAGUGAAAUGCAGAAGAUUUGGAGAAGCCUUCAAGCUCUUGGAGCUAUAGCUUUUGCUUAUUCUUACUCCCUCAUCCUUAUUGAGAUUCAGGACACACUGAAAUCACCACCAGCAGAAGCCAAGACAAUGAAAAGGGCAACACUAAUUAGUGUAGCAGUAACAACAGUUUUCUACAUGCUUUGUGGCUGCUUUGGUUAUGCAGCAUUUGGAGACCAAUCCCCUGGAAACCUACUAACCGGAUUUGGAUUCUACAACCCUUAUUGGCUUCUGGAUAUCGCGAACUUGGCCAUUGUUGUCCACCUAGUUGGUGCAUACCAAGUUUACUGCCAACCCCUUUUCGCCUUUGUUGAAAAAACAGUAGCUGAUUGGUACCCUGACAGCAAAAUCAUCACGAAAGAGAUCGAUAUCUCAAUCCCCGCAUGUAAUAAGUCGUUCAAGCUCAACCUUUUCCGUCUAGUUUGGAGGACGAUUUUCGUGAUCAUUACAACAGUUAUUUCUAUGCUGAUGCCUUUCUUUAACGACGUCGUUGGCAUUCUUGGAGCUUUUGGAUUUUGGCCCUUGACAGUAUAUUUCCCAGUGGAAAUGUACAUUGUGCAAAAGAAAGUUCCAAAAUGGAGUGGAAGGUGGAUUUGCCUUCAGAUACUUAGUGGUUGCUGCCUUGUUAUCUCAAUUGCUGCAGCUGCUGGUUCAUUUGCUGGAGUUGUUUCUGAUUUAAAAGUUUACAGGCCUUUUAAGACACCUAAUUAAUUAACUGAAUGACAACAAUUCAUCUGCAGCUUUUGGGAGACCAAUUAUUGUUGAUGUUCAUUAAAAAAGAACAAGGCCUGAAGAGGUGCUGACCAGCCAGCUGUUAUUGUGUAGGUUUUAAAAGUUUUUUUUUUUUUAGUUCCAUGACAAGAAAAAAAGAAGGCAGGUCCUUGUAUGUAUUUAUGUGGGAGAAAAAAAAAAAAGAAUCAGUCUUUCUCAAUUAUGUGUAACUCUUAUUUCACUGCAAAGAUGAAAUGAGAAAUUGAAUCAAAAGUUUCUGUGCA